AUGAGGCGUGGCCACGCCCAUUUUUUGGUGCCAUACCAAACGAAUGACGGCAAAUGGUCAACUGGUGCCAGUCGUCGGUCGAGCUCGGAGAAAUUCAACAUCAAAGUCGAUACUCAGACCGGCGGUGCGACUUGUACAAUCCCCAUCCUGACUUCUUUCAGGCGUUCCUCCGAUGUCGAUCCCGUUCCUAGCCUGGAGUACAGCUCCGGGGCCGCUGGGUCGAGUGGCGUGUUUGGUAUGGGAUGUCGUCUCAUCUCACGCAAGACGUCCAGGGGCGUCCCGACCUACGAUGAUGAUGCUGAUGCGGAUGUGUUUGUGCAUUCCGCCCUAGGAGACUUGGUUCCCUCGGAUAAGUCCACGGACUCUCUGAUAGCGACCGGAUCUUUUGCCAAACAGUAUGGCGGUCACGGGAAUCAUAUUGUAUACACGCACAACCCCGAAGACAACGCGUGCGAGUCCGGGGUAUUUGAUGGUACCCAUUCGUCCUUAUCGCAGCGGUACCUCAAGAGUAUUCAGUACGGGAACGCUACUCCUAGCCGCAGUAUCGAUAACUGGAACGUUGUGACGAGGCCUUCGGAUUGGCUGUUCGAGGUGGCCUUUGACUUCGGCGAGCACAAUGACGAACGACCUACCACCAAGCCGGAGAGCGCGUGGAACCGUCGCCAUGACCCGUUCUCGACCUACAACAGCGGCUUUGAGAUACGGACAUACCACCGUUGCAGUCGCGUUCUGAUAUUUCACCACUUCCCAUCCGAGCUUGGUAGGCAGGACUGCCUCGUCUCAUCGAGAUGCUUCGAUUACGAGACAAACGAGCGUUCGGGCUCCAGCUUCCUUGCUUCCUCCGUUCAAAAGGGCCACAGUCCCAAGGGAGACAAUGACUACUGGACCCUUGCUAUGCCGCCAGUUGAACUUAGGUAUACCAAGGGGCCCACCGACCUUACAGAUUUACCAGUCGAGGAGAUGGAUUUGCGCAUGUCGGGGCUGGAUACCUCCAUGGCGCAAUGGGUUGACCUGGACGGCGAAGGUGCGCCGGGCAUAUUCACCAAGUCCAAGGGUGGAGGGUGGUGCUACCAGCGUAACGUCGCGGGCGCGGAUGGCCCCCCAGAAGUUGGCGAACCGCGCCCAGCGAGUACGUUGCCAGGCAUAACCCAGUCUGUCGUCGAGGACUGGUGUUUUGAAGAUGUUCGUGGAAUAGGAGUGCUAGACGUCGUGGUCAUGGCCGAGAAUGGCGGCCUGCGUGGAUUUUACGAACACGAUGAAGACGAUAGAUGGCUGAAUUAUAUGCCCUUCGAGUCGCAACCAAACCUCGACAACCCAGAGGAUUACCGCUCUGCCGAUUUGAGCGGCACUGGCACUGCCGAUUUGCUCUCCAUGGCACCUAUGGCUGGUGGUUCCCUUGUAUGGCAUUCAUCUUUAGGCUCUGAUGGCUUCGGUCCGGCGCAGGCGGCUAUUGGGGCCCCGGUACUGUCUCUAGGAGAUCCUACAUCGCUGAAUCAGCUCUGCGAUAUGACAGGUGAUGGUCUAGCUGACAUGGUCGAGAUUCGCAACGGAAACGUGAGUUACUGGCCCAACACAGGCCAUGGAACUUUCGGAUGCAGGAUCAUCAUGGGUCAUGCUCCCUUGAUGGCAGCUGGUGACCUCUUCUCGCCGCAGCGAGUCCGACUUGCCGAUAUAACGGGGUCUGGGAUAACCGACCUGCUUUAUGUGCGCCCCAAGGGCGGUGCUGUGGCCUAUUAUAACCGCUGGGGAAACGACUAG